AUGGUCGAUACACGGUGUAGCCGGCUUUCUGCCUCAGAGCCGCAAAUUGACUUUUGCACCCUUGGGAUGUUUAUAAUUGAUGAAAUCGAGUUCGAAGCCCCAGCACCGCCAGUGAAAGAUAUUAUUGGCGGGGCCGGGGCAUAUGCAGCUCUGGGGGCCCGUCUUGUUGCCGGAAAAGAAUAUUCAAACUCUGUAGGCUGGAUUGUUGACUGCGGCUCUGACUUCCCGGAAGCCAUUAAAGAGACAUUAUUAACGUGGGAUACGCAUUGUAUAUUUCGGGAAGACCCAAAUCGUCUCUCUACAAGGGGCUGGAAUGGGUAUGGUCCCAACGAGAAAAGAUACUUUAAGUAUUUGACGCCCAAGUUACGUCUGGAUCAAAAUUCGCUCACAAGGUCUUUGUUGAUGUCAAACACAUUUCACAUGGUUUGCUCUCCACUACGUUGCUGUGAACUCGUCCAAGGCAUCUUGGAAAGAAGGGCCGACGUCCUGAGAAGGCUUGACUUCAAGUCUUCUAGAACCAUUGCUAGACCUAUUUUCGUCUGGGAACCCGUCCCCGAUAGGUGUUGUGAAGAGGAACUGCAAAACCUUUACAAAGCUAUUCGUUAUGUUGAUGUGGUCAGCCCCAAUGAGAACGAACUAGCUCGAUUCUUUGGUAAGACAACAUGGGAAAACCGAAAUGGUGAAGAUAGAGAAAUGGCGGAGGCAAUUGUUCGAAUGGGCAUCGGCCCGUCAGGCGACGGAACGCUUGUUAUUAGGGCUGGAAAAGAUGGCUGUUACACUUUUUCUCGACACGGGGUGUUGCAUUUGCCCGCGUUUAAAUUUGUGGAUGUAGUGGACCCAACUGGCGCAGGAAACACAUUCUUAGGGGCACUGGCACAGGGCCUCAUGAGCCACGGUCGUACACCCUUCAACAUCAUACAUGAGAUGCUUGGUGGUUCAAAAGCGUGGCAGGACAUACAAAACAAAUGGGGUGAUGAAGGAAAGCUUCCUGCUGCAUUGAUCUGUGCUAUUGUGGCAGCUAGUUUUGCCAUCGAACAGAUAGGCAUGCCCAAAAUCUCAUUGCCAGCCGAUGGACUCGAAUAUUGGAAUGGGUCACAUUAUACAGACCGUCUUCUCCUGUACAAGGAACAAUUUAUGGACAUGUAUGAUACAGUUUCAGAAAGAUAG